CCUGGGUGUUGAACGAUCAAUCGCCCUUCCUCUUCCAUCAUCUAACUGGGCACCGUGGUGAACGUGUCAUUCUUUUCUCGUGUGCGCUUCAUUUGCUGUGUUGAGCGGUUGAUUCCUGUUCCAGCGCGCUGUUGAUUACCCCGCCAUCUCCCCUCCGUCUGGGAAACACGAACAACAACUUGCAUCCGAAACAUCUUCCCUAACCCCUUACCUAUACGUCCUUCACAGUUCUUCUAUACAUCAUCAGGAUGGCGUCUGAAGAACCCGCUGCCGGUUCUCUUGCGGACCGCAUCACCAAGCCCGAGGAAUCUGCCCCUGCCGAAGCUCCCGAACAGACCGAAGAUAUCCCUCAGACCGAUGGCGCCGCCGCCCAGCAGGGUGGCUCCGACCUUCAUGAGCCUGACUACACCGUUGAAGUCAAGCUCAGUGAUCUCCAGGCCGACCCGAAUAACCCCCUUUUCUCCGUGAAGAACUUUGAAGAUCUCGGCCUGGACCCUCGUAUUCUCCAGGGAUUGUCGGCAAUGAACUUCCGGAAACCCUCCAAGAUCCAAGAGAGAGCCCUCCCGCUGCUACUUGGCAACCCCGCGAAGAAUCUGGUCGGUCAGUCCCAGUCCGGUACUGGAAAGACUGCGGCAUUCGUCCUGAACAUCCUCAGUCGCUUGGACCUCUCGUCGGAGCAGUUGCAAAAGACCCCCCAGGCGUUGAUCCUGGCCCCCACACGAGAGCUGGCUCGUCAGAUUGUUGGUGUCAUCCAAGUGAUGGGCCAGUUCCUUGAUGGUCUUGUUAUUGGUACCGCCGUGCCGGCAGAUACCGGCGCUCGUCCCGCCAAAAUGGAGUGCUCCGUCGUUGUGGGUACCCCUGGUACUGUUAUGGACAUGAUUAAGAGGCGCAUCAUGGUUGCGAACAAGCUCCGCGUGCUUGUUCUGGAUGAGGCCGACAACAUGCUCGACCAGCAGGGUCUGGGCGACCAAUGUAUCCGUGUGAAGGCUCUUUUGCCUAGAGAUAUUCAGGUCGUGCUCUUUUCGGCUACCUUCCCUGCUCACGUGCACGAAUAUGCGUCCAAGUUCGCCCCCCAGGCCAACGAGAUCACCCUCCAGCAUGAGGAGUUGACGGUCGAGGGUAUUAAGCAGCUGUACCUGGACUGCUCGAAUGACGAGGACAAGUACCAGACUCUUGUCAACCUCUACGGUCUGCUCACCGUCGGCUCGUCUAUCAUUUUCGUCAAGACCCGUGCCUCCGCCCAGGAGAUCGAAAAGCGCAUGGUUGCCGAGGGUCACACCGUGGCCUCCCUGACCGGUGGCAUUGAAGGAUCGCAGCGUGACGCAGUCAUUGACCAAUUCCGUGCCGGACACGCGAAGGUCUUGAUUACGACCAACGUGCUUGCCCGUGGUAUCGAUGUCUCCACUGUGUCCAUGGUUAUCAACUACGAUAUCCCUGAGCUGCACCAACCCGGCGCCCGUCAACGACAGGCCGACUUCCAGACCUACCUGCACCGUAUCGGCCGUACGGGACGUUUCGGUCGCGUGGGUGUAUCCAUCUCUUUUGUGUCCAACCGGGAAGAGUGGGAGAUGCUCAACCAGAUUCAGCGAUACUUCAACACUAACAUCCAGCGGAUUGACACCAAGGACUGGGACGAGGUGGAAGACAUUAUCAAGAAGACGAUCAAGAGCUCCCGUGCUCAGCUCGGCUUCCGGUAGAGCGUGUCCGACAAACCCUCGACGCGACGCCGCUGUCCGAUGGCGGCUGCUCAACCGGGUUGAUUGGAAGAGAUUGGAAUAAGAUAUGACUAUGGUGCAAUGUGGAUUGCUUAUGAAGAGUUAUGAGGAUUUCUUUGUGUUCAAAUGAAAGUCAGAUUAAUAGAUAC